UUUUUCUACAAUGGCGGCUGUGAACAGAUCGUUCGGCUCAGCGGAUUAUGCUGUGUUUAUUACAUCCCUGGUUUUGUCAGCUGUUGUGGGAAUAUUUUAUGCCUGUAAAGGGGGACGACAGAAAACUACGGGGGAAUUCCUGAUGGGAAACAGAGAUCUGCAAAUACUGCCGGUGUCGCUGUCAAUUCUGGUGUCCUUCCUCUCGGCGAUUACCAUCCUCGGCACUGUGGCUGAGAUGUACACAAAUGGAACAGAGUACUUUCUGUACGUCUUUGGAAUGGUCUUUGGCAUCAUCCUGGCAACUGUGCUAUACAUCCCUUUGUUCUAUCCCCACGGCUUUACAAGUUCCUUCGAGUAUUUGGAGAAACGGUUCAACUCCAGAGCGGCCAAACUAACCGGCACUGCUAUAACUAUAUUCCAACAGAUAAUCUACAUGGGGAUUGCCUCGUACGCCCCUUCCACGGCCCUGGAAGCAGUGACGGGAUUCCCAGUGUGGGCAGCUAUCGUCACAGUGGGCGUUGUCUCUUGCUUCUAUACGGUACUGGGUGGGCUGAAGGCGGUGGUGUGGACGGACCUAUUCCAGGCUCUGGUCAUCGUGGCGGGUCUACUCGCUGUCGUCAUUCAGGGCACAAUCCUUACGGGCAGCAUCGGUGACGUUUGGCGCAUCAACUACGAAUGGGGAAGAAUCAACUUCUUUGAUUUCGACCCCUCGCCCACAACCCGUCAUACGUUUUGGUCUCUAGUUGUUGGUGGAACCAUAGCAUGGACUGGAACCUAUGGGGUCAACCAGGCCAGCAUACAACGCUUUUGUGCUGUGCCUACACUGAAGAAAGCCCGGAUAUCACUGCUGAUGAACGCUGCCGGGGUGCUGCUAAUGCUGACCAUUCUGUGCCUGGCAGGAAUCACAAUCUUCGCCUACUACGCCAUUAGGGGCUGUGACCCUCUGUCAGCCAAAUACAUCGGAAACUCCAACCAGCUUCUGCCGUACUUCGUGAUGGAGGUGCUAGACUACCCCGGGGUGCCCGGAUUGUUCAUCGCCUGUCUGUUCAGCGGGACGCUAAGCACCGUCUCCUCGUGUCUUAGUGCCGUGACGGCGGUAGUCUGGGAGGACAUGCUGAAACCAUUCCUGGAAGACAGACUCUCUGAAGGACACAAGACAAUAGUGGCUAAAAUAUUAGUACUAAUAUUCGGCGGCGCCGGCACAGCUAUGGCUUUUAUGGCUAAAAACCUGGGAGGAACAGUGCUUCAGGCUGCCCUAAGUUUUGCUGGAGCUGCUACUGGGCCUCUGAUGGGGAUGUUUGCCCUCGGCGCCUUCUUCCCCUGGGCCAACUGGAUUGGAGCCGUCGUUGGUGGUGUCUGUGGCCUGGCGUUUCCAUUGUGGUUAGGCAUUGGAGCAUACACUGUGGUCGGUAGCCCGCCCGUCCUAGCCUACCCUACCAGCAACUGCAGCUUCAGUAACAUCACAACCAUCGCCCCAUCCACUGCAGCUACAACCUUAAUGACAGAUGCUACCACACCAAUGAGGGACAGUCCAACGAGCGGUCUGACUGUGCUGUAC